AUGUCUGAGAAGAAGGACAUCAACCGAGGGCCCGAUGGCAACUUGGAGUCGGGCGAACUAUACGGUGUCAAGUCGAAUCCGGCUCCCCCCACCGAUGCUGUGUUUGGCGAGAUCUCAGAGGAUGGGCCCAACUUCAGGAGUUUAGGAUGGAUCGGCGCAGCGGGCCUCAUGACAAAAUCUUCAAUAGGGCUUGGCGUUCUCUCCAUCCCCACCGUAUUCGACACCUUGGGCCUGAUUCCGGGAAUCAUCUGCCUCAUCGCAGUCGGGGCUAUCAUAACAUGGUCCGGCUACGUAGUAGGCGUCUUCAAGCUCCGCCACCCCGAGGUCUACGGCGUCGACGAUGCUGGGUUUCUGAUGUUUGGUCCUAUCGGACGUGAAGGAUUUGGCGCCGCUUUCUGCUUAUUCUGGACCUUCAUCGCCGGCUCCGGCAUGCUCAGCACGUCGAUCGGAUUGAACGCAGUAUCGGCCCAUGGAACAUGCACGGCCGUCUUUGUGGUUGUUGCCGCCGUCGUGGGCUUCGCCUUUGCCAGCAUCCGGACCCUGGGCAAGCUCAGCUGGCUGGCCUGGCUCGGCGUCAGCUGCAUCAUCAUCUCGAUCUUCAUCCUCACCAUCGCCGUCGGUAUCCAGGAGCGGCCCGCCGCUGCCCCACAAGAGGGGAUCUGGGUCUCCGAUUACAAGCUCACCAACACGCCCGACUUUGCCAGCGCCGUGUCCGCCGUGUCCUCCCUGAUCUUCGCCUUCGCCGGCAUCCCGGCCUACUUCAACAUCCACGCGGAGAUGGCCGACCCACGCCUCUACACCCGGUCGCUGCUCGUGUGCCAGUCCACUGUUACCGCAGUGUACAUCACGAUCGGAAUCGUUGUCUACUACUACUGCGGGUCAUAUGUCGCCUCGCCCGCCUUGGGCUCCGCCGGCCACGAGAUGAAGAAGGUGACCUAUGGUGUCGCUCUCCCGGGGUUGUUUGUGUCGACGAUUCUUACUAUACACCUACCGGCCAAGUACAUCUUCAUCCGAGUCUUGCGAGGAAGCAGGCACAUGACCGCCAACACAAUCACCCACUGGGCAAGCUGGAUCGGAUGCACCGGCGGAAUAUCCAUCGUGGCCUACGUUAUCGCCAGCGGUAUCCCGGUUUUCGACGGCCUGGUCUCACUGAUCGGCGCCCUUCUCGGUACUCUGAUGUCGUUCCAGCCCAUGGGCUGCAUGUGGCUGUACGACAACUGGACCCAGGGCAAGUCUGAACGCUCGGUCAGAUGGAUUCUGAUGGUCUGCGUCAGCGUAUUUGUGGUGGCGUCGGGAACAUUUAUGAUGGUCGCUGGUACCUACGGAUCCGCUCUUAGCAUUGCUAAGACCUACGAGGCGACGGGAGGAUCAGCGGCAUGGUCCUGCGCGGACAACUCAAACUCGUAA